AGCAACCCUCUGGGAGACUACUGAUGGCACUUUAGACAGGUGGCACUUGCUAAUGCCGCGGUUCUGGUGGGGAAGGGAGGUUCCCCAUCCAACUUGACUUGUGUGCAAACCUGGGUGCGCUCGUGCAGUUAAACUCGCGGCAGAAGAAUAUCCUACCGUUAUUGGUAUUCCGUGGACAUGGCUGUUUAUGUUACGCCUUCUCCUUGCUUCAGUCGCAUUUAACAUAGCGAACAGAUUGAGUACGGUACACAGACUUUUAUGUUUAGUUUAUAUGUUAUUUUCAUUCACUUGACACUUAUCUCGUAACUUCAAGAGAACCAACUAACGUUAAUGGCUCAGCUACUGUUCAGAAGAUCGUGUUUAGAUGGUUUACAAGCUAGCAAGCGAGAGAGGUAACGAUAGCUUGCCAGCUAGCCAGGGAAUACUAAGCCUAGACACACUCUGAGAAAUAACAUCGCUAGCUACAGUUACAUGAAAGAACGUUCAAUGUUUUAGCUAACAGUCUAACCGUGGGUCUCUGCAAAAGGGAGAAUGGCUUCAAAAGAAAGGCUCUACGAACUGUGGAUGUUGUAUUACACCAAGAAAGAUGUGGGCUAUCUGCAGCAAUGGCUGGAGGCGUUUGUGGCUUCUUUCGAGAAGCUCAUCGAGGUGCAGUCAUUGGAACCUAGACGGCCGGAGGACUGUUGCUCCGAGGUCCCUCUCCUCCCCCGGGAGGUCCUGGUGUUGCUCAGCACUCAGCUAUGGCACAGCGCCCUCCAUCUGUCAGGGCAGGAACAGAACAGCGACAUUCCUCACCCGCUGCUGCUCAUCAAAUUCUUCAUCAUCAUCUGCAGGAACAUGGAGAAUAUCGACUCUGACAAAACCCCUGGCUUUGUCUUUGAGACCAUCAAGCUUUUAUCUUUCUGUCUGACACAGCUCAAGGAGCAGCCGGAAGAUAAGCAGUCAUUACAGGCAGUGGUCCACCACGGCCUGCUGCUGUGCGAGAGUCUGUUUGACCCCUACCAGACAUGGAGGAGACGGCUGGCUGGGGAGGAGGUCAGCCUGCUGGAGAGAAGCAAGUACAAGUUCACCCCACUGCCCCUGCCUGAGGAACUCCCUGCCCUCCUCCAUGAGACCCUACACGACAGCGCUCGGCUCCCUGAAGUGGUCACAAUGCGCCUGGUCCAUCUGCAGGGUGCCAUCAUCAGCGGCAGCCAGAAGAACGGUCAGUCCUGCAUCACGUCGCUGGCUGUAAGGGACCUCAUGGCCGUGCUGCAGGCCUGGUGCUGCCGUGACUCCUCCCAGCCCAAGGACCCCCAGGUGCUGCGGCUGACCCUUCAGUGCCUGACUGCAAUGGUGCACACGUUGCACUCCAGCAGCCCCGCCCAGCGGCAGGUGGACAUCAGGAAUGUGCUGGACGGCUACUUCCGGGUCCUGAACUGGAACCGGCACCCGGGGGACGGCGAGGGAGAUCGGCAGGACUGGGAGGACGGUUUGGUCACUCUGCAGGCCCACAUGUUGCACGCGGUGCCGGAGAUCCUCCAGUGUUCGGACCGCCCCGCCCUGCAGGCCAUCUUCCUCAACAACAACUGCUAUGAGCACAUCCUGCGCCUGAUCCAGAACAGCAAGCUCUAUCAGAGCAGCAGGAGUAGGCCGGAGCGUGAGGGUGCGUGUGACCUCACCACACGCUUACUCACUGAGAUCCAAGUGGACCAGGUUUGGGAAAGAGGGUCAGACUCCAUUACAGUUCACGCCCUCAGCGUCCUCACCGCAAUCAUGAGCAACUCUCCCUCUGCCAAGGAGGUUUUCAAGGAGAGGAUUGGCUAUUCCCACCUGUUCGAUGUGCUGAAAAGCCAGGGUCAGCCAACCAAACGGCUCCUGCAGGAGCUGAUGAACAUGGCAGUGGAGGGGCAUCACUCCCACAGAGGGCCCCUGGGGAUCAGUAACGACCAGCCCCUGCUCCUGCUGCUGCAGUGGCUCCCGGAGCUGGCCUCCAGGGACCUGCAGCUGCUGGUGUCUCAGUGGCUGGCGGGCGUGUGCGGGGGCUCUCUGUCCUGCCGCACCGUGGCGGUGGAGGCCGGGCUGGUGGGCGCGCUGCUGAAGGUCCUGGCCGAGCCGGCCUCGCUGGACCGGCAGAGCGCCGACGCCCUGCUGGGCCUCCUGCAGGACCUGGGCUCCCUGUCCCUGCGGCCCAAGGAGCUGAAGAGCCUCCUGCGGCUGCUGAGGACGGAGCAGGGCGCGCACCCCUACUGCGGCCGCGUGGUGCGCGUGCUGUCCGCCAUGGCCGCCCGGGAGGCCCGCAGCAGCGCCCGCCAGUACUUCGACCUCACGCCCCCCAUGGCGGGCAUCAUGGUGCCCACCGUGCAGCGCUGGCCCGGCAGCAACAUCGCCUUCCACGCCUGGGUGUGCCUCAACGCCGACUCCCUGCCCACCUCCUCCGAAUUCUUCCUCCCCGUCUCGCCCAGCACCCCCACGCCGCCCUCCAGCCCCUGUCUGCCCAGAGGCCUGAGGAGGAGACAGCUGUACAGCUUCUUCACAGACAGUGGCACCGGGUUUGAGGCGUUCUUCACUGCAGAGGGAGUGCUGGUGGUGGCUGUGUGCACAAAGAAGGAGUACAUGGCAGUCAGCCUGGUGGAACACCCUUUGACAGACUGUGCCUGGCACUCCGUGGACAUUGUCCACAUUCCCGGGAGGCGGCCCUUCGGCCAGAACCUGGUCACCAUAUAUGUUGACGGAGAGCAGCGCAUGACUGGCCAGCUGCGAUUCCCCUCACUCAAUGAGCCCUUCACUUCCUGCUGCAUCGGGCUGGCGGGCCAGCGCACGACCACCACCAACACCACCCCCACCCUGCUGCUCCCCCCGAUGAGCCCCACCGAGCAGGACUUCCCCGACCGCACCGCCAUUCUCGCCCGUUCCUACUCCUUCCCCGCCUCGCGCUGGGGAGCCCCGACGCCCCCCUCCUCCCGCGAAGCCCCCAUACAGACCAUUCCCGCCGGGGUGCAGGACACCAAGUGGGGCACCCCCACCUCGCUGGAGGGGCUUCUGGGGACGGUCUUCAUCUGCCACGAGGCCCUGCAGCCUGCCCAGACCAAGGCCCUGUACGCCGCAGGCCCCAACCACGUGCCCCUCUUCAAAUCAGAUGGAGAGCCAUCAGACCUCAACAGCAAGCUACUUUUGUACUACACUCCACAGGCCUUCAAGAAUCAGAUCUGCUUGGACCUGGCGCCCAACCACCUGUAUGAUGGGAGACUCACUGGCCACAGAGUGAUCAACUGGGACAUCAAAGACGUCGUGAACUCUGUGGGCGGGAUGGGGGUGCUGCUGCCCCUCCUGGAGCAGUUGUGUGCAGCAGAGCAGGUGGAGCCCCGGACCCAGGAGACGGCCGACCUUUUGGGACCAGAGCUCACCUCAUCCAGGGGCCCUGCCGGCAUGCUGCUGCCCCUGGGAAGGACCCACGAGGGAAGGCUGGAGAAGAACAGUGUGGCAGCCUUCCUGCUGAUGGUGAAGAACCUGCUGAAGCAUCAUCCCGUCAACCAAGAGAGCUUGCUGCACUGCAAUGGACCCGCCAUUAUCGGAUAUAUGCUCAGCAAGGUGCCCAGUUCCAUGAUGGACAUGAGUGUGCUGAUGGCGUGUCACUACCUGCUGGAUCAGGUGUCCAGUGAGGGGAACAGCUCGCUGCUCUCCCAGCUCAACCAGCACCUGCUCUUUGACUUCCGCAUCUGGAGCAGCUGCCACUUCGCCGUGUGCCUGAGCCAUGUGCAGAACCUGACUGCUGUCGUCAAGGACAACAAGCAGCGCAGCCGCAGGAAGUAUGGAGUGCAGUUCAUCCUGGACUCCCUCCGCACGCAUUACGGUGUGGAGAAAGACGGCAGUCCUCUCUCAGAAGAGCUGCAGACGGUGCAGACCUCGCUCUUCUCGCUGCUGAAGGACUUCCUGCUCAAACCUACGUCACCCGAGGAGCUGCAGAGCUUACUGGCCUACACCAUCACUGUGGGGGAGGAGCGGCAGGUGCUGAAGGCUCUGGAUAUCUUGCACAGCCUCCUCCGCAGCACCCUUCCCCGGGAGCAGCUGAUCACGGCGCUGCUGGACUGGGGCGUGGAGCAGCUCUACUGCCUGCUCUUCAAAAGCAACUUCGGGGACGAGGUCCGGGAGUGGGUGUUCCGGAUCCUUUAUAAGGUGCUGAAGAGUGAAGGAGUGUCGGAGAAGAGCAAACAACGCAUCAAGCUGAGAGAUUCUGGCUACCUGGGCCUGGUGUGUUUCUUCGGAGACGUCCCCGUCACCUCGACUACCAUUCGCAGUCUCUAUGAGCAGAUUCUUGCAACAGACACGAACCCGAGCGCCCGGGACCUCCUGGCCGUGGCGUACCUGUCCCAUCGAGCAGAACUGGCAGUGCGCCUGGACAUCUGCCGCAAGCUCUUCCACCUGGUGCACUUGAGUAUGGACUAUGUGAAGCAGGUGGCCCGGCAGCCAGGCUGGCAGGACAUCUUGACCAAGCUGUACGUGAAGGAGUCCUACAGGUCCCACGCCAACAGCCAAUCCGAAUUCAGCCCCGGCUCCUCCGUGGACCUGCCCCCGUCCAGACCCCCCCUGAGGAGACAGGACAGUGUCAUGGAGGAGAGGUACACGCACAUCUUCCGGCCCUACUCCUCCUCCCAGGAAGAUGAAGAGGACGACUACAAGUCCAUCGAUUCCACUGAACAGGGCAGCCAGUCGUCAUCGCUGUCCAACGCAGUGGACAUCCCCAUGCCCCGCCGUGAAGAGGAGGGGCUCUACUACCCCCUGUCGCCCUUUGAGCUGGACCUGGGUGGAAUGGGCCAAUCAGGGUCCGGCAACGGCAAUGGCAACGGCAACGGCAACCACACCCCUGGCAGCCUAUCAGAUACGCCCUCCCCUCUGGACUCCAUUCGCCCCUUCCCUGGGAUUCGGACCAGGAAGAGCUCCAGCCUGUCCAACGUGCUGAGCGACACCAGCUACGGCACAGACCCGCCCGCUGGAGACAACAUCUCCAACACAUCCAACCCCCAGCAGGCCCCGGAGGAGGAGCUGUGUAACGUGCUGACCAACAUCGUGUUCUCCGUGAUGUGGAGCGGGGCGGAGGGCAGCGAGGACGCUGUGUGGAGGGAGAGGGGGCAGGUCUUCUCCGUCCUCACCAAGCUGGGCUCCUCCUGCCAGCUGGUCCGCCCGCCCGACGACAUCAAACGCAGCCUGCUGGAGAUGAUGCUGGAGUCGUCGCUGUCAGACCUGCGGGACUCCCAGGGGGCCGUGCAGUCGCACUGCCCCAGCCUGGUGCGUCUCCUGCGGCUGCUGCAGGACUUCCUGUUCGCUGAGGGCACCGACAACCAGGCCCUGUGGAGCGAGAAGAUCUUUGAGGGGGUGGUAAACCUCCUGGACAGACUGCAGGCCUGGAACAGCAGCUCUGGCUCCUCUAAUGUCCCUGAGCUCAGAGAGAUGGCUCAGGUGGGCCUGCGCAUCAUCACCGGGUACAUCCAGCAGCAGCACUCUCAGGUGUGUGUGAUGGCCUGUGUGAAGCUCCACAGCCUGCUGCAGACGGUGCUGUGUCUGGGCUGGGACGAGGUCUGCUUCCUGCUGGGGCGGCUGGGCGCCCCCCUGUGGCCGGCGGAGGACGGCACGGUGGCGGUGUCGGGGCAGUCGGAGGUGUUCUCCCAGCUGGUGCCCAUCGUGCGCACGCUGCUGGACCAGCAGGCGGACCCGGCCACCCUGCAGAGCCUGCUGCCCCGCCUGCCCCGCACCAACGGCAGCUCCACCUUCGCCCAGGACCUGCAGGACUACUGCAGCACGCCCGAGUGGCAGGACUUCUACAGGCAGCACGUGGAGCCUGCCAUGCAGCAGUUUGAGCUGGACACGUUUGGGAAGAGUCAUGACCUCAUGUCCAACUUCUGGAACUCCUGUUUCGAUGACCUAAUGAGCACAGCCCAGCGGCGGGACAAAGACCGGGUCCAGUGCAAGGCCAAGUUCCAGGAGAUGGUUAUGGAUCCCUACCUGAAGCGAGUGCGCAGCGAGAACAGCCGUUACUACAGCCUGCAGAAGCAGAGCAGCAGCCAGCAGGGGGUGCUGUCACGCCACUGGAAGUCCCUGAACAGACUGCUGGCCAGCGAGAGAGGGGCCUGGGCACACAGGGUACAGCCUGAAGUGAAGUGGAAGCUGUCCAGCGCAGAGACUUACUCCAAGAUGCGCCUGAAACUUGUUCCCAAUUACUGCUACGAUCCUCAUAUUGAGGCCAGCGCACUGAGAGACAACAUGGGUGCUGACGGCCCCCACAGCCCCACUGAACCCCUCCCAUUGGCCGUCGCCAAGGAAGCCAAGGUGAGCGACAUGGAGGACGACCAGCUGGGUGACGAGGACGUCGUGUUUUUGGACAAACAGGUGGAGAGCGAGGAGGAGAGUCAGAAAGAGAAGCUGGUCCUGUCGGAGGACUGUGAGCUCAUCACCAUUGUGGCAGUGGUUCCGGGUCGUCUGGAGGUCACCACUCACCACCUCUACUUCUAUGACGGCAGCAAUGAGAAAGAGGAGACGGAGGAAGGAAUUGGAUUUGAUUUCAAACGACCCCUCUCUCAGCUCAGAGAGGUCCACCUGAGGCGCUACAACCUUCGCAGGUCCGCGCUGGAGCUGUUCUUCAUCGACCAGGCGCAUUACUUCAUCAACUUCAGGAAGAAGGUCCGGAACAAGGUGUACUCCCGGAUCCUGGGCCUGCGGCCCCCCAAUCUCUUCUACUUCGGGUCCCGCUCCCCCCAGGAGCUGCUGAAGGCCUCUGGCCUCACCCAGAGAUGGGUGUGCAGAGAGAUCUCUAAUUUUGAGUACCUGAUGCAGCUGAACACCAUUUCAGGACGCACCUACAACGACCUGUCCCAGUACCCUGUGUUCCCCUGGGUGCUCUGUGACUAUACCUCUCCCACCCUGGACCUGGAUGACCCUGCGGUGUUCCGGGAUCUGUCCAAGCCCAUCGGAGUGGUCAACUCCCGCCUGGCGCAGAGUGUCAGAGAGAAAUACGAGAGCUUUGAGGAUCCCACGGGCACCAUCGACAAGUUCCACUACGGCACACACUACUCCAACGCCGCAGGAGUCAUGCACUACAUGAUCCGCUCCGAGCCCUUCACCUCCCUGCACAUCCAGCUGCAGAGUGGCAGGUUCGACUGCGCCGAUCGGCAGUUCCACUCCGUGGCCGCAGCUUGGCACGCGCGCAUGGAAAGCCCGGCUGACGUGAAGGAGCUGAUCCCAGAGUUUUUCUACUUCCCAGAAUUCCUGGAGAACAUGAACGGGUUUGACCUGGGAAGUCUGCAGAUGUCCCAGGAGUCUGUAACAGAUGUGGUUUUGCCCCAGUGGGCGGAGUCUCGUGAGGACUUCAUCAGGAAGCACAGGAAGGCUCUGGAAAGUGAGCAUGUGUCGUCCCACCUGCACGAGUGGAUCGAUCUGAUUUUCGGUUAUAAGCAGCGAGGCCCCGAGGCUGUGGAGGCCCUCAACGUUUUCUACUACUGCACCUACGAGGGUGCCGUGGACCUGGAUGCCAUCGCCAACGAGACCGAGCGCAAAGCCCUGGAGGGCAUCAUCAGCAACUUCGGCCAGACGCCCUGCCAGCUGCUCAAGGAGCCACACCCACCGCGCAUGUCAGCGGAGAAUGCGGCCCGUCGUCAGGCCCGCAUGGACACUCUGCCGCCCAACCUGUUUGAGCACCUCAGCAAACACAAGGCCUUCAUGGAGGUGGUGAGUGACGGGGUGCCCCUGGUCCAGGCCGUGGUGCCCAGGAGCCAGACACACUCCUUCAUCAUACCAGGCUCCGACGCUCUGGUGACGGUCAGCGCCACAGGACUGCUGGGAACCCACAGCUGGCUGCCCCAGAACAAGAAGAUCGCCAACUACUACACCUUCACCAAGGACCCCACGUUGUCCAACCCCAAAACGCAGCGCUUCCUGAGCGGGCCCUUCUCCCCGGGGGUGGAGCUGGCGGCGCGGGUGCUGGUGGUGUCCAGCGACGGGCGGCUGCUCUUCAGCGGGGGCCACUGGGACUGCAGCCUGCGGGUCACCGCGCUGGGCAAGGGCAAACUGGUGGGCAGGAUCUGCCGGCACAUCGAUGUGGUAACCUGCCUGGCUCUGGAUCUGUUUGGUAUCUACCUCAUUUCUGGGUCCCGGGACACUACCUGCAUCGUGUGGCAGGUCUUACAGCAGGGCGGUUUCUGCAGUGGCCUCUCCCCUCGGCCGGUGCAGGUUCUGUGCGGACAUGACCAGGAGGUCACCUGUGUUGCCAUCAGCACCGAGCUGGACAUGGCUGUCUCAGGGUCAAAGGACGGAACCCUGAUUUUGCACAGCAUUCGUCGAGGCCAGUUUCUGCGCUCGCUCCGGCCAAUCAGUGAGAUCGGUGUGGCAGUCAGGGUGACGGAGCUUGGGGUGGGCCUGGAGGGCCAUAUCAUAGCUCAAACCGCUGUGAAGGGCCAGUCUCCGGGCCAGGAGAAGUGCUGUCUCCACCUGUAUUCAGUGAAUGGGCGGCAGCUGGCCUCCGUGCCUCUGGAGGAGCAGGUCACAGCCCUGCACAUGGCGCCAGACUACGCCAUCAUGGGCACCUCGAAGGGCAACCUCCAGAUCCGAGACCUGGACACGCUGAGUCUCGCAGUAACUCCGCUGGCCUUGAAGGUCCCUGUGUGCAGCGUGUCUGUCACCAAGGAGAGCAGCCACAUCCUGGUGGGCCUGGAGGAUGGGAAGCUCAUCGUGGUGGGGGCGGGGCAGCCUGCGGAGGUGCGCUCUGGCCAGUUCUCACAGAGGCUGUGGCGCUCCGCCAGCAGGCUCUCCCGCAUGUCUUCAGAGUCGGAGUACAACCCCUCAGACACCUCCGGGCAAUGACGUCUGCCCCUGCGCCGCGGCCGCCAGAGACGCAGUGCUCCCAACUCCCCCUCCGGACUCUCCUCCCCCCCGAAAAGAGAAUUCACAUUCACUGGGAAGAUUUCUCUUAUGGUGCACUUGUUUCUGUGAAAAAGGGAAGUUAACGUUUAUAUGUAUUCUUGAAAAUGGAUUUUAUUUAGUUUUUUUUUUUUUUUUUUUUUUUAAGAAAUCAUUCCAAAGACUUUCAAUUGGUUUGACAGCUGAAAAACUGUCAGGCUGUGUUUGCGUGUUUGUGAAUGUACUCGGUGGAUAAAUCCACUGAAAAACAAUGCAGUUAGAAUGAGGGUUCUAAAGCAAGAGGCAGUGUUAGGCUUUGGUUCUCUAUACAGUGAGCCACAUAUUUAUCCACGGAGGAUUUUAAAGGCGCGUCAUUCUCAGAUUCUCUCAGCCGGGAAUAACCGUGAGCCUCUUUCCGCCCUCCUCUUUUAACCAGCGCCUUCUUUUUUUAAUCACAGUGGUCUUAUCCUCGCCUAGCAGUGCCCUACUGGUGCCUCAUUAGAACUCUCGCUGAAACUUGAAAACUUUGAGCCCAAUGUGCUGCAGUACCAGUCUGUUCCAGAAAGGACGCACUGUGGUACACCUUGAAUGAGUGGGGUUUGUCCUGUGCACAGUGUGAAUACUGGGAGAUGCCAGUAAGCAAUAUUGAUUGUGAGUAAGAUGUCGGUUAUGAAAUGUCUGUUUUCAGGCUUGGAGGUCUACGGUUCUGUCUAGUUUUAGUGGUUAUCAGAGCUUUGGAAGGGAAGUUUGCAAUUUAGAUUUGAACCCUGAAAUUCCUUCAAGCUUGAAACCAAAUGGAAGUCCACUGAUUUUUAGCACGUGUUUAAGUCAAUCCGAAUUUUCCUUCAUGUCCUUGUGAUCAGAGAUGAAUCUGUUCACUUUAAAUGAGCUGAUUUGCACCGAUGUUCUACACUCCCAUUGUAAACGAACACCCCGUUUCCACCAGCCCUUGUUUCAUUUAAUAGCACCUAUAUUAUAUUGAAUCACUUGAAAAGUGCCUUUUGUUCUUAAGGGAAAUGUUACAUUGAAUUGUAGAGUGUAUAGCACGUUCAGACACUGUUUUGGAGAUCAGUGUGUGUGUGUGUCUUGUGUGUCGUGUGUGUCUGUGUGCCUGUGUGUUUGUAUGUGCAUGCUCCACCCCCCCCCCCCACCUGUUUCUCUGUUUGCAUCAUUUUUUUCCCUUUCUCUGACAAGUCCUUACGCAAAGUCACUGACAAAACAAAAUCAACCAACAAAUAUAUUUGUUCAUCAGGUGUGCAAGUGUAAGGUUUGGUCCUUGACAUUUAUAGUCAAAUGUAAAUGUGUAUGUUUGUAUAUAUGGAGGGUGUGUGUGUACUUACGUGUGUUCACACUGUUGUGAGGAGUGUGUGGUAGGGCUUUUAAAUGCAGAUCCACUGUAUGUAAAUAGGAAAUGGGUGUACAGGGGAGUCAGGAGGGAGGGCUGUCUGAUCUCACUCCUCACUGUGUGGACGGGCUGCCCAACGCAGGGGUUUGUCAUUGCAAACCUUUUUAAAUUUGAUGAAAAUUUAGGAAUAAAAGGCCCUCACUCACACUUAAAGGUUUUUGUGAAAUUACAAUGUUUGUUUAUGUAUUCUUGGACUGAGAGUGGAUAAUUUCUUUUGUAUUAUUAUUUUUUUGACCUUAUAUUUUAUUUUAGAAUUUUUAUUGUUUCCUCAAAUAUGUACUUAAGCACUGAAAUACUUUGAAACGGUAGUGUCUGGGGAGCACAAAGGGUAUCCAGUUGGCUCAAUCGAAGUGGGUGACCUCACUUCCUGUCCAAACUGUUCAUGUGAUAGUAGGCCUCUUUAGUGUAUUAUUAUGAGAAAAAACACAGAAGGGGAAUAAUUAAACUGCAGCAGCUAAUGCGUUUCCCCACUGAAUUGCCCCAGUCCAGGCACAAGCUCUCUGGCUUGAUUGCUGUGGUCUGAGUCAUGCAGUAAACCAGCGGAAGCUCUGUGUUUGAUUGGCAAGACUUGGUUUGGAACGGUUCACAGAAAUUGCACAGUGGUUAUCUACUAUUGUGCCUUGAACUAUUUGCACAGUGCAGUCAUAAUUCCAGGUCUGGCUGAACUGCAGUAACGCUGGCUCGUCUGCAGUAUGCUGGGCUGAUGAACCUGGCUGGCAUAAUCACGUUUAUUUUUCAGUGUGUAUUUUGGAAUGAAUCGCAUCACACCUGGUUGAGGUUAUCAUGAGAUGCACAGAGCCAUUCGAUGGGCUCACCUGGUCUAUGCACAAAUGUCCGUUUGGAUGUGCUUGGAGUGAGCUUCCCAGUUUGUAAGAACCCUCCUCACUACACUGUUCAGGGCCACAGUACCCUGCUGCCCAGCACACUGCCAUUCUGUACACUGUAUCACUGCUCUGUACACUGUACCACUGCUCUGUCCUCUGUAUCACUGCUCUGUAAACUGCACUGUACACUGUAUCACUACUCUGUACACUGUAUUACUGCUCUGUACACUGUAUCAAUGCUCUGUACACUGUAUCACUGAUCUGUCCUCUGUAUCUGCCCGACAAGUUUCCACACUUGCACAGAACACAGUCCAUUUUCCCUUGUGCCUUAAACUCAGAUGUGCCGCUGGCUAUUUCACAGUCUUCAAAUACUGUAACUUUGUGGCAUUUAUUGUUCUUUUAAGACACUGAAUUACAGAAUAUAUUUCUAUUAAAUACUUUUUUUUCUAUCA